AUGUUGCUGUGCGCAGGAGCGGCUUUAUCACUACUAUGCGUGGGACAAAUAAAUCUUUCCUCUCCCAACGGCCCGGAUUUGUACUUGCAAAAGACCAAAUUCGGAUGGGUCUUCGGGGGGACAGUCAGCACGUGCCAUCAAAGGGAAUCUUCGCCGUCGUGCUUUUCAACUACAACGCUGCAAAACGACCUCUCAAGGUUUUGGGAAAUCGAAGAAGGUCCGCAGAAACAAUACCUCUCGAAAUCGGAAGCUAUAUGCGAAGAACAUUUUCAGAAGACCACAACACGGAAUAAACACGGCAGGUACGUCGUCGCUCUACCUUUCAAUGAAAGCAAAAAUCAAUUAGGAGAGUCGCGUGCAAGGGCGGAGAAACGGCUUCUCGCCCUCGAAAGACGCCUCAUGAAGGAACCAGACUUGAAGGCACAGUACACUACUGUCAUCAAUGAAUAUUUGGAACUGGGACACAUGUCAAGGACAAAUCCUCGCACACACGGUCACUCAUACUAUCUCCCACAUCACGGAGUAAUCAAGGCACGCAGUAACACGACGAAGCUUCGUGUCGUUUUCGACGGAUCCGCGGAGACCACCUCCGGCAUCUCACUGAACGACACACUACACACUGGACCAAAGAUACAAGACGAUUUACUAUACAUCCUGCUUCGAUUCCGCACACAUCAAUACGUCAUCACGGGAGAUAUUGAAAAAAUGUACCGACAGUUUCUUGUUCGCCUACCAGACCGCAGAUAUCAGAGGAUCCUCUGGCGUGAUCAUUCGGGAAAAAUACAAACCUACGAAUUAAACACGGUGACAUUCGGUUUAUCAGCAGCACCCUAUCUAGCAAUCAGAUGCCUCAAACAACUCGCACUGGACGAAGGCCAUCGAUACCCGCACGCCGCAAAUAUUCUACAGCGCGAUUUUUACGUGGACGACGCGCUCACAGGAGCGACGACAAAGCAGGAAGCCUUCACAUUACGGCAAGAGCUCACACAAUUACUAUCUCUAGCAGGUUUGAAUGUUCGACAAUGGGCAUCCAACGACUCACAUCUACUCCGUGGACUACCAGCCAGCAAGAUUAACAACAAACUACAUCUCGGUGAAUCCACGACCGUCAAAACGCUCGGGGUGUACUGGGACUCGGCCGCGGAUACAAUUAAUUAUUCAAUCACUAUCACAACCUCGAUGUCACAAAUAACAAAGAGAGUCAUCAGCUCGGAAAUCGCCAAGAUCUACGAUCCAUUAGGACUUCUAGGUCCCGUGAUCAUUGUCGCGAAGAUUCUUCUCCAGAAGAUUUGGGCUUUAAAAAUCGAUUGGGAUGAAUUGCUGCCUAUGGAUAUUCAUCACGCAUGGUCACAAUAUUAUUAUAAGCUUCCAUUACUCAACAAUAUAUCAUUUAGCCGCAAAACAGUUAUCAGAGCAACCGCGACAAUCCAAUUACACGGGUUUUGCGAUGCCAGCGAAAGGGCAUACGGGGCAUGCGUAUACCUGAGAACAAUAGACUCAAGCGGCAACAUUCAAACGGAACUUCUAGUAGCCAAGUCAAAGGUCGCCCCUUUAAAAUCACAAACCAUUCCGCGACUGGAAUUGUGUGGAGCUCUUCUCCUUUCUUCUUUACUUACUACAGUACGAAACGCGCUCCACCUUCAAAUUGACCAUUGCAGCCUCUGGACCGAUUCAACCAUAGUUCUCCACUGGAUAAACACAUCACCUCAUACACUCAAGACGUUCGUGGCAAACAGAGUGGCCGAAAUUCAAGAGAAAACUCGAGCAUCCGACUGGCAUCACAUCCGGACAGAAGACAAUCCCGCGGACCUGAUUUCCCGCGGCCAAUCGCCAGAAGAUUUUUUAAAACCAUCCAACUGGCACAACGGACCGAAGUGGCUUAGGAGACCAGAAGCUGACUGGCCGACAUGGAAGGUACCUUCAAUUGAAGGAACGGCCGACGAGCAAAAGGGCUACUAUCUGUCUGGUAACUGCCACAAUUGA